AAUUCGAGUGAUGUCUGCACUGUCAAGCUAACUGCAAGGAGUAUUUUUGUGUUGUCUGAUUUUGCUAAAACCGCUCCCAAAGUGGCUGCCCCAGAAGAUGUUAAGAAUUGUAGGAAGGUUCCCGUCGAAAAAUCUCCAAACGAAAUCCCGUCGAAUUUUGGAAUUCAAAUUGUAUAAGAGUGUGCGAUGUUACUCGAAGGACGUGUGUCCGCCCCCGCCCCCCAAACGAAAAGACAAGUCCAGUUCCGGUGCGCUGUACACCUUGGGGGCACUCGCUUUGGUCGGUGGUGCCACAAUCGGUUACGCUAAAUACGACCCAGACUUCCGCAAGACUUUGGGCGAGUACGUCCCCUGGACCGACGACGUGAUCAAGUUUGUGUUCCAAGAGGAGCACAGUCUACUUGACUCGGCUUCGGGGGUCUACGAGGACGUGAAGAAGUCGGUCUCGGGGCUGCUGACGCAAGAACAGCGCAAGAAGAAAGAGGACGUGAAAUUAGAACAGAAGCAAUACAAAGCCCCCCAGCCAGUGAUACCGGCACUUGAAGACACCAAGGUCCCCCAGGAGGGGUACACGGAGAUCCGCAUCGAGCAGAAGGACAAGCGCGAUGUCGAAAUUGGUGGCGAGGCCAAGGUGCCCCCUGGCGAGGUCUCCGUGCCCGAGUCGCACCCCAGCAACUUGGCCGAACUCGAGGCAAAAAUCUGCGACGCUGCCACCGAAGCAGUCAAUUUUUACAACAAAGCUGUCUACGACCUCCGCGUUUAUAACGGAGAAAUAAGCCAGAUUUUGGACCAGUCCGUGGACCAGGUCAAGCCUCCUCAAUGGGAGGCCCUCAAAGCCAAAACCAAGGCCAAGAACGAGUCGGUGCGAUUGGCCGAAGAGAAGGCAGCUCAAGCGGCCCAAAACGUCUCAAAAUUAAAGACUCUCCUAACCAAAACCUCCGCAGCCACGAAAGAAAUGGUCAACAUUAACAUCGAUAAAGUCCAAGAGGACAUUGACGCGGCCAAAGCGCAGUACGAAAUCGAGAGAAAAUUGGGCUCAAUCACCGAUAAAUACUGGGAAAAGGUCCAAAAGGCUAGACAUCAUUUUUGCGAAGAGUUGGAAUCGCUUUUCCCCGCGAUCGAUAUUUACAAUAAAAAGUUGGAAGUGAACGAGGCCGACUUGGAUUUGUUUAUUUUACACGCGUAUUCCGUUGUCUUGUAUUACCAAAAAGAAUUGGCAAAACUGGAAACUGUGGCGCACGAGAAAUUGCAGUCGGCGUUGGAUGCGGCACGAAGAGGCGGCUUUGAACCACUUGGCAAGGCCCAAAUUUGCGAAGCCAUCGAAGAGGAGAAGCGGAAAUUGACUCUGUGCUUCCAGAAACAGUGUCUCAAGUUGCGAAAAGAGGCCGAGCACGAAUUGCGCGAACAACUCAAACGCCAAUCGCAAGUUUUCGCCGACCACUUGGAUGAAGCCGUGACCACUCGUGCGCUCGAAAUCGAAAGAGUAUUGUCCCGAAAAUUCGACGAAGAAAUGGAGAAGGAGCGUUUCAAGCAUAAAUCGCAGUUGGCGGCGAUGGUGGGCCGGAUGAAGGGACUCGACCAUGCGUUUAAAGCGCGCGAUGCGGCCGAUAAAGCCGCCAAACAAUCGCAAGUGUUGUGGGCGGCGUGUCAGGCGUUGCUAAGGGCGAUUAAGACGGGCUGUCCGGGGAUUCCCUGGAAGGAUCAGUUGCGGCCGUUAAGUCCCGAGAUCACGCUUGUGCAGAAGGCGGCAGCCAAAGGGGAUGAGUUGGUGGAGGCGGUCAUUAACGGCAUUCCAAAGGAGGCGAAGGAGCGCGGGGUGUUCCCGGAGGAUGCGCUCCGGGAGCGCUUCCUGAAGGUGGAGGAUGUGGCCAGGAGGGUGGCGCUAGUGCCCGAAGAGGGCGGGGCUUUGCCGUUGCAUAUCUUGUCGUAUAUCCAGGCAUUUUUCCUGAUUAAAAAUCCUAGUCCUAUACCACAGGCGGAGCUCAACGAUGAAGCCGUUGAUUUUAGUCAAUUGAGCACGAAUGAGAUUUUACAAAGGGCUAGAUAUUGGUUAGAUCGUGGCGAUUUCGCCCAAACGCUUAAAUAUAUGAACCUAUUACAAGGCGCUCCCAGGUCUAUAGCCAGGCAAUGGAUGAACGAAACGAGGAUUUUGUUAGAGACACAACAAGCUGCCAACACUUUAAUGGCACAUGCGGCGUCUAGUGGGCUUUUGCAUCUCUAAUGUUGUAUAAAUCAUUAAAUUAAAUAGUAACAAUUACAGUUUUACUUAUUUAUUAUUGUGCUUUCGAUUUAUUUUUUCAUUGUUAUCCUCUGUAUAUUUUUAAACCGGUACUUCAUCAAGAGUGUACAAUAAAGACAGUCCUUGUUA